GCAACCUCUCUGUCUAUUCCAACCCAGUGUUAUUUAAAGAUGAGCAGCGCAGCUCCGCUUCUUACAAAGCAGUUCAGGGAUUUGACUGGGAAGAAGGGUCUUCCUGGCGUGUAUGCUGAGUUGGUCAACGACAAUAUCUUUGUCUGGCAGAUUGGUAUUGCGCCAACUGACAAGGAUAGCGUGUAUUAUGGUGGAUACUACAAGGCUGAGAUCAAGUUCCCGAGGGAUUACCCGUUCAUGCCACCCUCAUUCCGCUUCCUCCGACCAGUCUUCCACCCAAACAUCUACAAGGACGGCAAACUCUGCAUCUCCAUCCUCCACCCUCCCGGUGACGACCCUCAAUCCGGCGAAUCCGCCGCAGAACGCUGGUCCCCCGCCCAAUCCGUCGAGUCAAUCAUCCUCUCGAUCAUGUCCCUCCUCGAAGACCCCAACUGCUCUUCCCCCGCCAACGUCGACGCUGGCGUCCUCUGGCGCAAAGACCGCGACGAGUAUAGGAGUAUUGUGCAGAAACAGGUCGAGGAGACGAAGGCGGAUAUCCCGAAGGAUUUCAAGAUGCCGAGUACGGCGGAUUUCGUGGUGAAGAAGGCUACGACGCCAGCUGUAGAGUUGGAUGAUGAGGGCUUUUGGUAUGAUAGUGGUGAGGAGGAGGAUUUUGAGUAUGAGGAAGCGAGUGAUGUGGAGAUGACCGAGGCGGAGUGUGAGGACGAGGAGGAUGAAGCUGAGGUGUCUGAUGCUGAUUCUGGGACUAUGUGAGGACGUCUCCGGUCAGUCACUUAUAGAGGGAGGAGAGCGUUUGUCUCUGGGACUGUUUUUCGUCAUUUCAUUGGGCUAUGGAGUUGUUAUCGGUGGUUCUCUUUACAGCAGCGUUUCCAGCAGGACUGGACAAUCUUUUAUUUGGGAAGGGUUUCAUUCUUUUGCUACAAAUGCAUUUCGUUUGCUGGUG